AUGAGCUCAGAUAGCUUUUUUGUUUGCUCCACAUGCCUAGGCGACAACAAAUUCAUCAAGAUGGUGAAGCAGGAAGGAGGUGAAGCAUGCAAACAGUGUACUCGACCAUUCACCGUCUACCGCUGGAGAAAUGACAAAGUAUCAACACAACAAAUGAAAACCGUCAUAUGCUAUACCUGUUCACGAGGCAAAAAUGCAUGCCAGGUGUGCCUUCUAGACAGAGAUUAUCGGAUACCGACAGAUCUUCGUGAUACUGCUUUAAAAAUGGCGGGUUUGGAGCAAAUUUCGUUAUUGAAAACACUGACAAACAAAGAGGUAAAGGCUAUCAUGGCAGAUAAAUUGGAGAAAUCACUAGACAAGGAGCAAAACAGCAACAGAGCAAAAGAGCUACUAUCAAGAUUAGCUGAAAAGAUGAAUGAUGACGAAGUAGCUUCUUCUUCUGCAGCACCUGAAGCUAAACAAGACAUACCGAUUUCAAAAUUGGCCAAAAAGUUACCUUUUGGAAACCUGUUGGAGCCAGAAAAAUACCCAGAGCUUACCACGUUUUUCGUCUUUGGUUUCCCUUCAGACCUUCCUCAAUAUUUGCUAUCGAAAUAUUGUGCAGGGUUCGGCAAAGUGCAAAGCCUCAUACUAAACCAUGACUCUCGAUGUGGCUUUAUCACAUUCCAAGAUAGAGCAUCUGUUGAAAAGUUUGCUGAAUCUGUGAAUUCAAACGGAUUGAACAAAAAUAGGAAAACAGCUGGGUUGUUGGAGUUGGGUAAUUAUCCAAUGAGAGUUUGCUUUGGUAAACAAAAACCUUUGGGAAGAGCCAAUGAGGAUAAGAAGAAAUUGAACGCUGUCGUUAAUAAAGUGAUGAAGCAGUUAGCUGAGAAAGAUGUGAAAGUUCAAUAG